ACAUUAAAAAUUUAGAGGGAACUGUUGCAUCAUGCAUAAAAUAAACCUUAGAAUGUGCACAUGCACAAUGGCUGGUUGUCAAGUUAAAAUGGAAAAUGGCGCCACAUUUGGCAGUUACUAGAUACAUAUAAGUUAUGGAUAAUUAUUUAAAAAGAUUACUGAAAUUUGCAAUUGCGGUCGUCAAGUGAAUUAUUGCAACAUUUCACGGCGCGCUAUUAUCACCCGUGAAACAUAUUUUUAGUAUGGCUGUAGAGUUUGCCACUAGAAGACACGAAGAGCUCAUUAACGAAGUUAAGACCAUGCUCUGGGGUCCAGUUGUUAAAGAAGAAGUUUUUCAACGUUGGGCUCAAGGUUUCUAUUUUAGCGCCGAUGAAAAUUCAGCUCUUGUUCAAGAUGAAGGAGGACCAUGUGCUGUCAUAGCUCCACUUCAAGCUUUUAUUUUAAAACAGAUACUUACAGAAAGUGAUAUUAAUACUUGGAGUGAUAUUAAGCCUGAAAAAUGUAAUGAACUGCUUAUUAAAGCUAUGUCAGAGAUACUUGCACAGGCUGUAGAACCAACAAAUACAAAAUUUUCUAUUUUACUUAUUGAUAUGCCAAACAGUAUUGUCAAUGGAGAAGUACCAAUAAAAAAUACACAAAUGGAUGUUGAUUCUGUGUUAAAGGAAAUUGCAAAUAUAGAAAGUACAAGUAUGCAAAUUGACAAGCCAGUUGUAGAGUCUCAAGUUUUUCACUCAAGGUUAAGAAUUCAUACAAUAAGUAGUAUCGAAGAAGUUCAAAAGUUUUUAACUCAAAAUAUAAGUAUGUUUAAGGAACAAUUUGGUGUUUUAUUAUUAUUGUACUCAGUUAUAUGUACAAAAGGUAUACGUCAAAUGCGAUUAGAGAUAUCUGAUUUAACUGAUCCUUUAAUUCACUCAAUUUUUGGGUAUGGAAGUCAAAGUUUAAUUAAUUUAAUGUUAAGUGGUCGGGCUGUAAGUAAUGUUUGGGACCAUGAUCAAGAUGUUGGAGGACUCAAAUUAAAAGGUAUUGACCAACAAAAUGCUGUUGGUUUUUUAACUUUAUUAGAAACUCUAAGAUAUAUUGAAGUUGGUACUUUUCUUAAAUCACCUUCAAAUCCAGUUUGGGUGUUAGGAUCCGAAACACAUUUGACAGUUUUAUUUUCUACAGAAAAAAAAUUAGUGAGCGCUGAAACACCGGCAGAAAAAGCAAAGCGAGUUUUCAAAAAGUAUGACAAUGAUGGAAAUAAUUUUAUUCCAACAGAUUCUUUACAAAAUGUAUUAGCAGAACUAGGAUUGUAUUCUGAUAUAGAAUAUGUUGAUAUAAUGAAAAAAAAGUUGGAUAGACAUAACGAUGGCAUAAUAUUAAUAACAGCUUUUAUGUAUGAAUUCUUCCCAGAAGAACCUAGAAUAUAUCCAGAUACUUUUAUUCUUUAUCAUUAUAAUGGUUUACUUAGAAGUAAUAUAAAUAACCAAGUAAAAUAUCAUAAAGGUCAAGCGAUUUUAUUAGAGAGUGUUGUUGAGUCUAUUUUAGAUAGUAAUCCUAUGUUGACUGUGUUACAAACAAAGUGGCCAAGUAUUGAAGUUCAGUGGGAUGUAAAUCAAAAUCCCAGUAUUAAUUAAAUUGAAAAAAUAUAAAUAUAUUAUUAAAAUAUGUAUAGUAAAAAGUAUACUGACACAGUUAAGUACAAAAUAUGAUUGAACUUACUUGUUAGUAGACUUACAAGAAAUGUAAGGGAAAUACUAA